AUGGGGAAGUAUAAUCGCAAUCAGUGGGCCACAUACCUGCUGAAAGAACGGAAUGGCCAAGGCAACAAGAGUCCUCCUGAGGUAUCUUUGUCGAAAGAGAUCGACCCACUGUUUAAAGCCGACAAGGAGCGGGUGACGAGCGUGGUCAGGAUAGUCCCUUUCGAGGAGCGCCUGCUGGAAUCGGACCUCCGACAAAAUUCCCUUCCAUUCCAAUUGCACCUUCUCCUCUUGCGGAGAACAUCUGCGCAAUUUGGCCAAACAGCCGAGAGAGUACUGAUCCCGACCUCUCAUUGCCAGCCAACGGGGCGAGAAGGGAAAUAG